AUGGUUAAUUCCGAAGUAAUCUCCGGGUCAAAUGCAGACGGGUUCGAGCCGGAACCUGCGUCUCGAUCUUCCUCAGGGGAUUCAUCUGCUGAUCGAUCUCCUUCUGAUCUCCAUCUUCUGAACGAGUUAAUAGAAGAGUUUGAGAACGUGGGUUUUGGUGAAGUUGCUAAAGAGCAGAGCGUGACGAUGAUUAGUGUCUCUGAGGGUAAUAGAGGUGUUGAAUCGAAAGCCGUAGACAGGAAUCAGGAGGAAGAAGGAGAUGGAGAUGGUGGGAGCGAGAGUGAGAGUGAGAAGAGAGAAGCUGAAUAUCCAUUGAGGCCAUGGGCAGAGGACUGUGCGUUUUAUAUGAAAACAGGGAGCUGCAAAUACGGAUCCAUUUGCAAAUUCAAUCAUCCUCUUCCAAAUCCAAGAAAAACCCAAUAUAUCUGUUUCGCUUCUGAUGAAACCAAACCAAACCAAUCUAUGUUCUUUGUUUCGUUUACUUAUGCUUUGAAGAUCGUUGAAGUAAGAGAAAAGGAAGAUCAUGCUGAUAAGCUGGUGGAUUGCAAGUAUUUCUUCAGGACCGGAGGCUGCAAAUACGGAGAAACUUGUAAAUUCAACCACACAAAAUCAAAGUCUUGUCUACCCUCAGAACCGGAGCUUAACUUCCUCGGCCUUCCUAUCAGACCGGGAGAGAUAGAGUGCCCUUACUACAUGCGCACUGGCUCCUGCAAGUAUGGAGCUGAGUGCAAAUUCAAUCAUCCUGAUCUCACAACGCUUGGAGGAACCGAAUCUCCAUCGUUUAACGGUGGGUCCAUUGGAUCUUUUUCCCCUAAGACCACACUCCAAGCAAGUUCAACUUCAUGGUCUUCACCCAGGAAUGGUACGGCUCCUUUUAUUCCUUCCAUGUUAUCACAGAGCCGUGGAGUUCCAUCUCAAACUCCAGAGUGGAAUGGCUAUCAGGCUUCUGUGUAUUCAUCAGAAAGGGGUGUGUUUUCUCCCUCCACCACACACCAUACGAACAAUUCAUCAUCAGCUGAAACAAGUGUAUUCUCACAGUACAAAUACCAAACGCCUGCUGAGGAAUUUCCAGAACGUCCAGAUCAGCCUGAGUGCAGUUAUUAUCUUAAAACUGGGGACUGUAAGUUCAGAUUCAAUUGCAGAUACCAUCAUCCUAAGAAUCGAUUGCCGAAACAGGCUCCUUACGCUCUCAAUGACAAGGGCUUGCCCCUUAGACCUGAUCAAAACAUCUGCACACAUUACAGCCGGUACGGCAUCUGCAAAUUCGGUCCAGCUUGUAGAUUUGACCAUUCCAUCCAGCUACCAUAUUCGAUGGAAGCUCCCUUGUCGCAGUAG